UAAAUAUUGAAUUGAUGAUAAAUUAUCAGAUAAUUUACAGGACUAUAAAUAAGCGUCAAGUAGGAGCGAUGUUCCCUGGUGCGUCUUGAUUUAUUCAAGAAAGGAGUUCGCGGAGAAGCCGGUCGAUCCAUUGAGCGAAGAGAUGUCAGAAAACGACGAGGACCAAGCCCAUCCGGCCCAUCCACGGAGUAUUAGAUUGCCACCGGCGGUUGAGGUGUUUGCUAAUCUGAAAAAUGCACAGAAAUUUGCAAUUGACAUAGGAUUGUCUUUGACAAAAAUUGCUUACUACUCAACAGUUAGUUAUCGCAAAGCAUUGUACGAGAAUGCAGGUUUUGGGAACAAUGGGGAACGAGAGUAUAAGGUGUUCGAAGGUAGCAGGCUACACUUUGUUAAAUUUGAAACGAGACAUCUAGAGAAUUGUUUGGAUUUUGUCAAGGCGAAUUUGGUUAAUGCCGAGAGGUUUCAUGGCAAAAGCAUUAAAGUUACUGGAGGAGGAGCUUAUAAAUAUACAUCUCUGCUACAAGACAAAUUAGGAUUACUGAUCGAUAAAGAAGAUGAGAUAUGCUGUCUCAUAAAGGGCUGUAACUUUUUAUUAAAAAAUAUUUCAUACGAAGCAUUUGAAUUUGAAAGACAUGGUAAUCCAGAAUACAAGUUUCAGAAAGCAAAUCCCAAUAUAUUUCCAUACAUGUUGGUUAAUAUCGGAAGCGGUGUCAGUGUGCUUAAGGUUGAAUCCGAGGAAGAAUACGAAAGGGUAGGUGGUACAGCUACCGGAGGUGGGACAUUCUGGGGACUGGGAUCGUUACUCACAAAAGCAAAGGGUUUCGAUGAAUUACUGCUACUGGCAGAACAAGGAGAUCAUCGUAAAGUUGAUAUGUUAGUAAAGGAUAUUUAUGGUGGUGACUAUUCUAUACAAGGUCUCCCUGGAGACCUGAUUGCUUCCUCCUUUGGUAAAGCAAUGUCAUGUAAUAACAGACAUGGUAAUAAUGAGAUAUUUACUUUGCUUAUCAGAUCUUGUCUCAUUGACAUCUUGAAUAAUAACUCUUUAUUUGUUUUAGAUGCACGUGACUUCUCAGAGGCAGAUAUUGCUAGAUCUCUGUUAUUAACAAUUAGUAAUGACAUCGGGCAAAUAGCGAGUUUGUACGCAUCCUUACAUAACAUGGAUAAAGUUUAUUUUGGAGGAUAUUUCCUACGAAAUCAUCCUUUAUCAAUGCGCACUAUUUCUUAUUCUAUUAAAUUUUGGUCACAUGGAAAGGUAAAACCUCUGUUUCUGCGACACGAAGGAUAUCUUGGUGCUAUUGGAGCAUUUCUCUAUGGUGCUGAACAGUCCAAUAAAUACAGUUGGUUAGAAAAUUAUGCCGGAUCGUCAGGUUUUAAAGAUCCUGUCUCUACGAAUCUUGGAAUCAAGUUUGAUCAAUUAGAGAUCGAUCAAGCUGAGACAGCGGUAACAUUUUGUCCUCUGCUUAAGGAUCCCUUGACUUAUAAUCCGGAUACAACAGAUCUUGCUCAAGAUAAAGAAGCUAGAGAUUACUGGCUGCAGUGCUUCGAAGAGUCCAUAGACAAAUUUGUAGCUCGUGCCAUUCACAGCCAACCACAAAGUCCAACAGCUAAAGAUAGGGCAAGUAAAUUGAAGGAAAAGUAUAUUAACAGAUUGCACUAUCUUCAUCUAAAACCUUUUGCCUAUGGAACUCUUACCGUCAGGACUCUUUUAGAUACCAUCGAACACUGCAUGAAAGAAUUCGAUUUUCCAGAUCCAUAUUUGCAUCAAAAGAAAUUGGAAAACGACAAAGCGCUGAUGUACCUGCAAGACCGCAUAACUGCCUUAGACAGGUUGGAGGGCGCUGAAAAAAUAAAAGAGCUGGUUUUAGGUGUUCUGGCUGGGAAUAUGUUCGAUUGGGGAGCAAGGGAGGUUGCCGAGAUGAUGGAAUGUACGGAUUUUGGUUUCGAAGAAGCUCAAGCAAAAAUCCCCGGAAGACCUUGGCUGGAAGAUUGCCUCGACGAAUGGAUAAGGAGGCUUGAAGAAGCUCCGCCACAUAAAUGUGCUGCCAUAUUUGUCGAUAACAGCGGCGUUGACAUAGUGCUCGGAAUAUUACCCUUUGUUCGUGAUUUGCUGCAGAGAGGAACAAAGGUUAUCUUGUGUGCCAACUCUAUGCCAGCCUUGAAUGACGUAACUUAUCCUGAGCUAGUUGUUACAUUGAGAGAUGCAGCAAAAAUAUGUCGAGUGAUAAAGCGUGCUGUCAAGGAGAAAAGAUUGAUUGCUAUGGAAACCUCACAGGCUGGACCUUGCUUAGAUUUAAGCCGGUUAAAUCUGGAUCUCUGUCUGGCGAUGGUGAAGCAUAAGGUAGACCUUAUAGUCAUCGAGGGGAUGGGACGUUCUUUGCAUACAAAUUUGUAUGCUAAAAUGAAAUGCGAAUGUCUGAAACUAGCGGUGGUUAAAAAUCGGUGGCUGGCCCUUCGUUUGGGUGGUGAUAUGUACGCAGUAAUUUGUAAAUACGAGAAACCUACAAUCACUCAAAAGUUGACUAAAAACGAAGCAAAACUUAGUACGAGAGAGUCAUGUUCACCGGAGUGUCUCGAAGCGUCUACUGAUGUUUGUAUAUGUAACAACUUGUCGGAUAAAUUUCUAAUUCGAGAAUACAAUUUGUCAGAAAAGAGAAAAAGGGAAAAUCAGAGAGAAGAGACUGUAUCCACUCAGGAAGAACGAGUGGACAUUGAAAAUCACAACAAGGAUGACAAUGUCAGCGAUGAUGUUGACACUGUCAAUAUUUCAUUAUCGCUAACAUCAUAGACUGCAUGACGCAAAAUGGUACCACCUCAUUAAUAACGUGCAAAUAUUAGCUAACACAAUUUCCAACCACGUAAGUUAUUCGACAUUUUUAUUUUUCUUCGGAAAAGAAAAAUUCUUAAUUGAAGAUUAUCAAUAUUCUGGAAGUGUAGUGACAGUGCCGGAAUUGCUGAACAGUAUCUCAGAUUGUAAAUGUUCAUUAAAGUUUAAAAGACGCUAGCCUAAUAUUAUUUUAACGAUAGGGAAUAGCAAUGUUAUUCUAUUAUUUUUGCUCAAGCAAUUUAUCUGCGUAAAUUGAAUAAUGAAUUAAGUGAUAAAUCAGAAGUGAUCAUUAGAAAAUAUGAUCGUGCCGUGCAGAGUACUCAGAAUGUAUUGAUCAUUUUAAAGACAAUUUUGAAUAUAAUUUGUUCACUAAGUAGUUAAUUUGUUAAUAGGUGACUUAUCUCACCUAUUAAUCAUUGUGAAGCACUGACGUGUGUUGAUAAUGAUUGUUACCCAUAAUUCAAGUAGAAGGCCGAAAAUUAACAAUCAAAUUAUACGUAAUGACAAUAUCAUGCCUCAAUAUAUUUGGAAAGAAUAAGGGUUUAAUUCAAAGUGACUUCCUUAUGUCGUUAUAGCAGGAGCACUUAGUAACAGAAUUCUAACUGUGAAUUUUCUGUGAUACUAUUAUUAAUGGAAUAAAAUGAAGGCAGGGUAAAUGAAAA